CGCGACGGCAUCUUUCCAGAAUUCCCAUGCCAUUGCCGUCGUAACUCUCAAUGCCCUCUCAAAAGUCAAGGCUUUUCUCCAUUCCUUGUCACUACCGUCCUCGGCGUCGCAUACGUCGCUAAUCUCGCUCCUACACUAUGACCAAAUCCGCCAAAGCCAAAAAAGAGAAGAAGAAAGAUUUUCAAAAAGUCAAGCUCAAGGUUGGAAAGACGAAGGCGAAAGCAGACAACUACACCGACACGUCUUUCAAGGCUCGAUCGAUCGCUGUGCUUCAGCAAUCGCUGACGACAAAUGCACCGUCUACCGUUGCACAAUUCAACCACCAUCUCAGCUUGCUAGGACAUAAGAGCGAAGGACAGCGGUUGCAGAGCCUAAAUCACUUGACAAGCGUGCUCCAGAUAUGUUGCGAUCAGGGGAGCGAAUUGCCACAACCAGCAAGUGUGAUCGUGGGAAAAGUACAGCCGCUCAUUCGGGAUAGUAGCGGAGCUGUUAGGACUCAGGUGUUGAAAUUAUUAAAGUGCUUGCCGAAGCAGGACGUGAAAGUCCACAUCGAAGGACUACUGUUGUGGGUGCGACUGGGUAUGACGAAUCUGAGCACGCCAGUGAAAAUGGGCGCUCUGGACGUGCUUGAAUGGAUGUGUGAGGUCACAGGCAGGGAGGUGGUCAGCUGCGCGGGAGGAUGGUCAAAGACUUUAAAGUGCUUCGCGGGAAUUUUGGGCUGGGAUGCACCCGCUGCAACUGCGCCCAAGGACGGAAAGGGGGCGUGGACGUCAACGCCGAGCGCCGCGACUAAAGGGACAAUUGACGGAAAGCUGCUGUUGAAGACGCUAACGGUGCUCACGCUAUUUCUGCGCAACGGGCUGUUGCCUUUGACUCAAAACGAGGAAGACGAUGCAGAUGUGAGGCUUGCCGCGAGAAUUUUCCCACUGUGGCAGACUCACCAGCAUAUGUUGCCAACUCGAACGACACUGAACAGCCACUAUACAUAUCUCGAUUUAUUCGGGGGCCCCAAGGAUGAAGAAGGCGCUGCAUACGAAGGAUGGGAGGAACGCUGUAUAUAUUUCGACGAGAAGUGGCGGGGCAGUUUUGAGACUGGCAUUGUGAAAGUAGCCAAAGAAGGUGGAGGUGUUGGUAGAGCUGCUGUCAGCCUUCACAAGGUGCUCAAUGCUGCGAAGGAUUCCAUGGAACAGGAGGGUCUUGCUUGAUUGACGCUUUUUUGUCUUAUAUUGUUUGCAUAGAUGUCGCCAGAUACCCUCUCAACUUGUCUAUGGUAUGAUCUAUCUAUCGAGCCUGGAUACCAGCCCCUAUCUUCUCGUUAAAUACUUCCUG